AUGGAUCUUCUUCACAAAGGAUGGUUCACCGAGUUUUCGCCCGACGAUUUGGAAAAGCUUAAGAAUGGAGAAAACGUCGCAGACGGUUCCAAGUUGAUGAAGUCUGACGGCCAAGAGAUGGGUGGUGCCUGGCCGGGUCAGGCUUUCUCCCUUCAAGUCAAAAAGGUGCUUUUCCAUGAGAAAAGCAAAUAUCAAGACGUUCUAGUGUUCGAGAGCGUUUCUCAUGGAAAUGUCUUAGUCCUUGACGGUGUAAUUCAAGUGACCGAGCGCGAUGAAUUUUCCUAUCAGGAAAUGCUAGCACAUUUACCACUUUUCGCUCAUCCAAACCCUAAAAAGGUUCUCAUAAUCGGCGGUGGUGAUGGUGGAAUUCUUCGUGAGGUGCUCAAGCACAAGCAAGUCGAAAAGGUCACGAUGUGCGAGAUCGACGAAAUGGUCAUUGAAGUCUCAAAGAAGUAUCUCUUGGGAAUGUCAUGCUCGUUCUCCGAUCCCAAACUCGAUCUCUAUUGUGGCGACGGAUUCGAAUUCUUAAAGAAUCAUACGAAUGAGUACGACGUGAUCAUCACGGACAGUUCGGAUCCCGUCGGGCCCGCCGAAUCGCUAUUCAGCAAAAGCUACUAUGAGCUUCUCCACGACGCGCUCAAUUCAGACGGCAUCCUCUCAUCUCAAGGAGAGUGCCCUUGGUUAGAUUUAGCGUUGAUUCGAAAUCUCCUCGAUAUCACAAAACACCUGUACCCAGUGUCCAAGUACGCAGUUGGCAGUGUGCCAACCUAUACAUCCGGCCUAAUGGGCUACGUUCUAUGCGCUAAAUCCAAGCACCUCAUCGCCAAUAACCGUCAGAUAUUCCCGAACGUGCGCUACGCGCAAUCUAUCGUUUCAACAUAUCCAUCCGGAUGCAUGGGCUACUUGAUUUGUGCAAAAAAUAAUAAUCGCGACGUCUCGGUUCCCACACGUCAGCUUACUCGCGAUGAAGUCAAGUCGCUGAAUCUGCGAUUCUACAACUCUGACGUUCACCGCGCCGCCUUCGUGCUUCCCGAAUUUGUACGCGCUGCAUUGGAAGACAAUUAG